AAAAUUAAUAAAAUAAAAAUAGAGCUUCCUCAUUCCAUCUUCAGUAUCGAUCCCUUUGCCCUUGUCUCGAAUUGUCUCCUCUCCGCCCCUCUUCUCUCUCCUCUUCUUCUCACUUUCACUUCCAUUUCUCUCUCCAAUUCACCCUUCUGCUUCUGUAAUUGAUCUCGGAUUACAAGCCUGAAACUUGAUUUCGUCGUUCGAUAUUAGGAUUAGGGUUAGGGUUUCUUUCUUACUGUAACAACAGCUUCUGUUCUUUAUCGUGUUUUUUGAAUUUUCUGAAUAGAUUGGAGUUAGAUUUAAUUGUAAUGUUGUUAUUGAAUUUUCCAAUUGUUGAUAGAGAUUCGGUAUUGUACUUUUGGUAAUGAAGAGGAUUAAUUGUAUGUAGUUUUUAAGGUUAGGGUUUUGAUAUACUUAAAUUUGUUUUGUUAUUGUUUUUGUAUCGUGCUGUAAAUGGAGAUGGAGAGUUCUCGUAGACCACCGUUUGAUAGAUCGAAUUUGAUUUCGAAAAAGCCGCGAUUAACAGAAGAUUCAACCCUCGGCGGCCGGCAAUUCCAACAACCGCCGCUGCAAAGAUCGGCAAUUGGUCUGGGUUCGGGUUCGACUCGGUUUAGAGCGAAUGAGAGGGAUAGAGAAUCUGACGAUUCAGUUCGCGGCUCUUUACAGCAGUUUCAGCAGCAUCAGGAGCUGGUUAAUCAGUACAAGACCGCAUUAGCUGAGUUAACCUUCAAUUCGAAGCCUAUUAUUACGAAUUUGACAAUUAUCGCCGGGGAGAAUUUGCAGGCUGCCAAGGCCAUUGCGGCCACCAUUUGUGCUAACAUUAUUGAGGUUCCUGCUGAACAGAAGCUUCCCUCACUUUAUCUACUGGAUAGUAUUGUGAAGAAUAUUGGUCGAGAUUACAUAAAGUAUUUUGCAACAAAAUUACCUGAGGUAUUUUGCAAGGCAUACAGGCACGUGGAUCCUUCAGUACAUUCUGGUAUGCGACAUCUUUUUGGGACAUGGAAAGGAGUUUUUCCUCCUCAGGCGCUGCAGAUUAUUGAGAAAGAACUAGGAUUCCUGACAGCUGUCAAUGGCGCGUCGUCUGGAACUACCACAUCAAAGUCUGAGCGUCAACCACAGAGUAUUCAUGUGAAUCCGAAGUAUUUGGAAGCUAGACAUCGUUUUCAGCAGUCUAGUAAGAUGAAAGGAACAGAUAUUGGUCUCUCGGAUGUUGGAUCUUCUGAAGAUGCAGAGAGACCAGAGAGAACUACUGGUGCAGGAACUGAAAGGCCGUGGAUGGAUCCUACAAUAAAAAUGCAUAAUAUGCGUCCUCAACGAGAACCACUGAGAGAAUCCGGUCUUCCAAAGCAGGGAGGUGCAGUAUAUGGAGAUUAUGAAAAUGCAUCUGGGAUUUCAAGACCUUUGAGCACAUCAGGUGGUAAACCUAGUGAGAAGCUUAAUGGACAGAGAUGGCUUGGUGCUGGCAGAGAGGGGGAGGAAUCAAUAUCUGGCGAAAAGAAUGGAUUUGAUAUUAAGCGGAUUCCAAAGUAUACAGCUGUCAGACCAGCAAGUAGUAGUAUUCCCUCGGUACAGAAACAGCCAAGAUUUGCUGCUGAGAUAUCUGAGAGCUGGAAAAACUCUGAAGAAGAGGAGUUCAUGUGGGAUGAUAUGGGCACAAAGGCAAUGGAUCCUGGUGCUACGCCCGUCCUAAAAAAAGAAAUUUGGUCUGAGGAUCUUGAGAAAGUGGAAAUGAGUAGGCACCUUCCUAAAUGGAAAAGUCAGACUGAAGUGAGGUCCAACUUUGAGAGAGAACAUUCUGCAGACAGUCUUUCCUCUGAACAGAAAGAUCAACUGCCUCUUGGACACCCAAGGUCUUCCCACUGGAAGAUGCAGGAACUUCACCAGGCUGAUAGUUCAAGUCCUUUGUUACAGCAAAUGGGCCCUCACUCCGUGAUUGGUCCAUCUUCAGUUGCAGUCUCUAGUUUUGGUGUGCCGACUACUGCUGUUUCAGCAUCCGCAGGAUCUAUAGGGCGUCUAUCUCUUGGACAUUCUGUGAUAAGCCAGCGUCCCCCUUCUCCUUUAUUGUCUAAAAGGGAUCCUCGUCAAAGUCUUGUUGAGAAAGAUCAUAUGAGAUCUUAUUCCUUGGUUCGGACUGAUCCUAGAGCAGCAUCAUUGUCAGGGCAGUUAAAUGCCAGGGUUCGUGAUAAAACUUCUCAGGACUCUGUUCCUAGUCGACUUCAGAAUCUAAGUGUGCAAAAGUUGGAAGCACAGGCUCUGCAGAAAACACCUUCUCCUACACCUUUUCAACAAAGGCCUGUUCCACCUGCUGAGAAGCUGUCCAACUCAAAGACUGAGCUUUCUGAUAUUGUCCAGAAAGCUCAGCAGCUGCUUGGUUCUUCCAUGAUGAAGAAAGGUGCCUCGCCAGAUACUUUGAAUCCCAUUGCUGGUGAUAUGCAAGGGCAGUCUAAUGUGAGUAGUUUAUUGGCUGCUGUGAUGAAAAGUGGGUUACUUUCUGGUAGCUCUGCUUCUGAACAUAUUGGGCUUCGACCUCCUCCUACUACUCCUCUCGCUUCUCAAUCAACUUUAGUUAGUUCCAAGGAUGCUACAGCAUCAUCAGGUCCUCGUGAUUCAACAGGUACUAUCCCUCGAAGUAAAGUAGAAAAGACUCCUCUGGUGUCACCAAUCUCUCCAUCUGCUAUAAUGAGCAGUACAUUGGCACAAACAUCGAAUGUGGCAGCUGCUAAGUCAAACCCGCUUUCAAUUUUGAGCACACUGAUAUCAAAGGGGUUGAUAUCUGCACCACAAACUGAAGCAGCUGCUGCCGUUUCUGUGAAAUCUGAGGCCCAGCUUCAAGCGCAAAGCCCUAUUACUGCCACUGUAACUGCAGGUACAGCUCCACCAGUUUCGAAAGUUUCUGCAGCUAUACCUGAAUCAUCUACUGAAAAUAUUUCUGCAUUUGAACUUGACGAAAAGAAACCUGACACAGUUCAAAGCAUGAAAGAAGUUAAGGAUCCCAUAGGAUAUGAAUUCAGGCCACGUGUGCUCCGGGAUUUGCAUCCUGCUGUAAUCGACAGACUCUCUGAAAAUCUACCACACAGGUGCAUCGCAUGUGGUCUUCGAUUUAAACUGCAAGAAAGACUUGCCAGACAUUCAGAGUGGCACGCCUUUAAAAAUUCAAUACCAAACUGCUUGAAUAAGCCAUCAAGGAGAUGGUAUUCAAAGCCCGCUGACUGGGUUGCCGGGAAGGCUGGAUUUCCGUUUGGUUAUCAUUCCACCUGUCUCAUAGAGGGGUUCAGCAGGAUGAGAGAAGAGAAUGAGAAAAUGGUUCCUGCAGAUGAAAGUCAAUGUGUAUGUCUUUUAUGUGGCGAACUGUUUGAAGAUUUCUACAGUCAAGAGAGGGAUGAAUGGAUGUUUAAAGGAGCAGUUUACUUGUCUACCACAUCUGGAAGCACUGAGGAAGGAGGAUCUUGCAGUGAGAGCGAUUCGCAAAAAUUGAUUGUACAUGCCAACUGUAUGUCAGGUGAUACAACUCGUGAUUUGGGAUCUAUCAGGGGAAUUAAAGUGCAGGAAAAGGGGACGUAGGUUGCUGAGGCAAUCAACCCUCUAGUAAACCGGUGCUUCUCGGCUGUGAGGAAGAGGGUGGCUGUGAUAUUUCAGGAAGCUGGUGCCAACAGUGCAGGUAUAGCUUUGCACACUGUAUCUUCUUCUUUCCCCCUUAUUGCAGAGAGUGCAAUGUGAUGGCUAUUGGGCUGUGAGAGAUUCUACUGCACAAAUCUAUUUCGGUUUGAUAGUUACGAGAUAUCCAUGGAAGUAAAUAUAUGGAACAGAUGGGUGUGUAUGAGUGUAUCUCAUCCAUUUGGAUCGAACUUUUCCCCUUGGAUAUUUUGGCACUGUUGAAAUGGUAUUGCUACCUUCAGCACUCAGUGUCCAUUAUGUCCAGUAAUAUCAAAACUAUUAGAACUUUAGAAGACAGCCCAUUUCAACCUGUCACCACAGUUCAUAUCUGAUGCAUUGUUUUGGUCUUAGAUGAGCUAAAUUUUUCCUGCUUCCUCCCUUCUCUCAGGUUUGUUUUGUGAACUUUAGAACUUUGGAGAGUUUUUUGUUUUUUGUGUUUGUUGGGGGUUGGAAUGCUGUGGUCGGACCGUCCGACGAGUACAUGGAGCUAUGGAAUUGGAGGCAUAAUGUAUUAUUUCUGAGCCCAAGAGGCUCUCAUUAGAAUAAUGUAGUAAUUUGCAGAACUAUGUAACAUUCACAGGAGCCCCAGUCCGAGAAAAGGACAAAACAAAAGAGAAAAUAGCUCCAACUACAGAAAGGAGGUUUUAUUGAUGCAUGUUGGAUUAA